AUGGCGUCCUGGAAUUCUGUUCCGCUGGAAGUGUUAUACAACGUGUUGGGUUGGGUCGCUUUUUUCUCUUGGUCGAUCAGUUUCUAUCCCCAAGUCAUCCUAAAUUUUCGACGAAAAAGUGUGGUGGGGCUGAAUUUCGAUUUCGUGGUGCUGAAUCUGACGAAACAUUCAUCGUAUCUCAUCUACAACGCUUCUCUCUUCUUUAGCUCUGAUGUUCAGAGGCAGUACCGCCAGAAAUAUGGCCUUGAUGAGAUGAUACCUGUAGCUGCAAAUGAUGUAGCUUUCUCAGUGCAUGCUGUUCUAUUGACUGCAUUUACGUUGUUCCAAAUUGCUAUUUACGAACGUGGAAAUCAGAAGGUCUCAAAGACUUCUAUUGGAAUUGUCACUGUUGCGUGGUUAGUUGCUGCAGUUUGUGUGUUCAUAGCUCUGCCAAGCCACUCCUGGCUUUGGCUAAUCUCCUGCUUUAACACUUUGCAAGUUGUUAUGACAGUCAUCAAAUAUAUUCCACAGGCACUUAUGAACUUUCGGCUAAAGAGCACGGUUGGAUUUAGCAUUGGCAACAUUUUGCUUGAUUUAUUUGGAGGCGUGACAAAUUAUGGCCAGAUGGCUGUGCAGUCUAUAGAUCAAAAUUCCUGGGUGAACUUUUAUGGAAAUAUUGGGAAGACACUGUUAUCUUUGGUGUCCAUUUUCUUUGACAUUAUCUUCAUCGUGCAACAUUAUGUGCUCUAUCCUGCCAAGAAAAUGGUAAUUUCUCCUAAUCUUGAUGCUUUAAGCAAGGAGGAGGCACUUCUUAAGUCUUCCGAUCACCCUCAUUUGGACAAUGUCUAG